GGAUCCGUGGAUUUCAUCGCGCCGCUGCCCUGCCCAUUCAAUUACGGCUCGGUCUCGUCGAUCCCAGCUCCCGACGGUGAUCCACUGGACGCCCUUGUUCUUGGCGAAAUCCUCCCAUACAAUGCCGCUACCACGCACCGGGUCGUGGGCGUCGUUCGAUUCACCGACGCUGGAUUCACGGACAACAAGCUCGUUUGCGUCCAGGCCGAUCGAAAUCUCAAGCGCAGGAAGGAGGAGCUCCUCUCAAUCUCAAUGUGGCGCAAGAAGAACUCCAGCGCCGCCGCCAAAGCCAUGAUCCGAGAAUCCAUCGACGACGAUCAUCUCCGGCUCCUCGAUUACUGCUCGCUCACCGCCUUCUUCGGAAUCUACGCGAUUUUCAAGCGGGGGCUCAAUGCAGCCAGGGGCCGUGGCGGCGAGACGGUGUUCCAUGGCGUGGAAAUCUUCCCUCCAUCGCCAUAGCUUCCUCCUCGCAUGACCCGGCACUUGGCGGGAUCUCGGCCGUCGGAUAUUUUAGGGUUUUUCUGUUUUGGUGGCAGCAUUCUCUCUGGAGGGGUAGCGAUGGCGUCCGCGAUGACGAGGUUGGGAAGGAGGGGGAUUGGCUCCGCGCGAUGGAGCUCCAUGGCCGUGGCUGGGCAGCAGAGCAGGGCCAGCCACAGCUUCACGCUCCCGGAUUUGGAUUACGACUAUGGCGAGCUGGAGCCGGCCAUCAGCGGCGAGAUUAUGAAGCUCCAUCACACUAAGCACCACCAGACUUACAUCACGAAUUUCGUCAAGGCGCUGGAGCAGCUGGAGCAGGCCGAGAAGGAUGGGAAUGCCGAGGCAAUCGUCAAGCUCCAGGGUGCUAUCAAUUUCAAUGGAGGAGGACAUGUGAAUCACUCGAUCUUCUGGAAGAACCUGGCGCCCUCAAAAAGUGGAGGUGGUGAGCCACCAGAGGGAAAGCUUGCUUCGGCGAUCAAGGACGAGUUUGGAUCGCUGGAGAAACUUAUCGCUAAGAUGAAUGCGGAUGGAGCUGCUCUUCAAGGCUCUGGAUGGGUGUGGCUGGGACUGAACAAGGAUCUCAAACAGCUUGCUGUGCAGACCACUGCGAAUCAGGUCUAUGACGGCGCGUUGUUUCCAGUCCUAGAUUUCUCUAAACUUUUAAAGUUGCAGGACCCUCUUGCGUCGAAAGGUCUUGUGCCUCUUCUGGGAAUUGAUGUGUGGGAGCACGCUUAUUAUCUCCAGUACAAAAAUGUCAAGCCGGACUACCUCAAGAACAUCUGGAAAGUGAUCAACUGGAGCGACGUUUCUAGCAGAUACGAGGCAAAUUUGUAGGUUUCUCUUGGUUUUCCGAGGUUUGUAUCAUCACACCAAAUAAGGAGAGUUUCUUCCACACAA